AUGGUCGCCGCAAAGAUUGACGGCACGGCGCUCGCCAAGAAGAUCCGGGAGUCGCUGCGUGCCGACAUCGCCGAACAGCAGAAGUCCAACCCGCGUUUCCAGCCAAGCCUCAAGAUCAUCCAGGCUCACACUGACUCAAUUGCUUCUACAGUCGCCGACCGGUCUGACUCCUCUACCUAUGUUCGCAUGAAGCUCAAGGCCGCCGAAGAGGCUGGCAUUCUCUGUGAGCUCAUCCACCUGCCCGAGUCAAUCUCCGAGCCUGAGCUGCUCGAGGAGAUCGAGCGCCUCAACUACAACCCCAGCGUUCACGGCAUCCUUGUCCAGUUGCCGCUGCCAAAGCACCUGUCUGAGUACAAUGUCACCUCGGCUGUCGCUGCCGAGAAGGAUCGCGCGCGCCCCGCUUUUUCAUCCCCCUGCACGCCCAAGGGAAUCAUGGCCCUCCUCAAGGAGACCGGUAUCAAUCUGCGGGGAAAGAACGCCGUCGUCGUUGGCCGCAGCGACAUUGUCGGCAGCCCCGUCGCCUCGCUUCUGCGCCAUGCAGAUGCCACCGUGACAACAUGCCACUCGCAGACCCAGGGCUUGGUUGACCACAUUCAGCAGGCCGACGUGGUCGUCGCCGCCAUUGGCCAGCCCGAGUUCAUCCUGGGCAGCUGGCUGAAGCCCGGUGCCGUCGUCAUUGACGUCGGCACCAACUACAUCCCGGACGCGACCAAGAAAUCCGGCCAGCGCCUCGUCGGCGAUGUGAACCACGAGCAGGUCGCGCAAGUUGCGUCGUAUCUCACGCCCGUGCCCGGUGGUGUUGGCCCGAUGACCGUCGCCAUGCUGAUGCAGAACGUGGUCGAGGCCGCCACCAACUACUUUGAGGGCCUGAAGAACCGCCACAUUGUACCACUGCCCUUGAAACUGCAGGAGCCCGUCCCGUCGGACAUUACCGUGUCCCGUGCGCAGCGGCCAAAGCAAAUCACUCGCGUGGCUUCCGAGAUUGGCAUCACCACCGCCGAGCUGGAGCCGUACGGCGCCUACAAGGCCAAGGUCGACCUUGAUGUCCUGAAGCGUCUCGAGCACCGCCAGAACGGUCGCUACGUCGUGGUGACGGGUAUCACGCCCACGCCGCUGGGCGAGGGCAAGUCGACCACUACCAUGGGUCUUGCCCAGGCCCUGGGCGCCCACCUCGGCCGCCUCACGUUUGCCAACGUUCGCCAGCCCAGCCAGGGCCCGACAUUCGGCAUUAAGGGCGGUGCGGCCGGUGGUGGCUACAGCCAGGUCAUCCCCAUGGACGAGUUCAACUUGCACCUCACAGGCGACAUCCACGCCAUCUCGGCGGCCAACAACCUGCUGGCGGCUGCCAUUGAGACGCGCAUUUUCCACGAGAACACGCAAAAGGACGGCCCCCUCUACAAGCGCCUGGUACCCGCCAAGAACGGCAAGCGAACUUUCCAACCGGUCAUGUUCCGUCGUCUGAAGAAGCUCGGCAUCGACAAGACCGAUCCCGACUCUCUGACACCGGAGGAGAUCACCAUGUUUGCCCGUCUCGACAUCGAUCCGGAGACAAUCACCUGGAAGCGUGUCCUGGAUGUCAACGACCGCCACUUGCGCGGCAUCACGGUCGGCACGGCGCCCACCGAGAAGGGGCAGACCCGCGAAACUGGCUUCGACAUUUCCGUGGCCAGUGAGUGCAUGGCCAUCCUGGCCUUGAGCACAAGCCUGUCGGACAUGCGUGAGCGCCUCGGCCGCAUGGUGGUUGCGACGUCGCGCAGCGGCGACCCUGUGACGUGCGACGACAUUGGCGCCGGCGGUGCCCUCGCGGCACUGAUGAAAGACGCCAUCAAGCCCAACCUGAUGCAGUCGCUGGAGGGCACGCCCGUCUUCGUCCACGCGGGCCCCUUUGCCAACAUUAGCAUUGGCAACAGCUCGAUUCUGGCGGACAAGCUGGCUCUCAAACUCGCCGGCACAGAGCCGGACGAAGACCCCAAGGCCAAGGCCGGUUUCGUCGUGACCGAGGCCGGUUUCGACUUCACCAUGGGUGGUGAGCGGUUCUUCAACAUCAAAUGUCGCACGUCCGGCCUCGUACCCGACGUCGUUGUCGUGGUGGCGACUGUCCGUGCUCUGAAGGUGCACGGUGGCGGCCCUCCGAUUUCACCUGGCGCGCCGCUCAAUGCCGUCUACCGCGAGGAGAACGUCGACAUCCUGCGCAAGGGCUGCGUCAAUCUGCGCAAGCACAUUGCCAAUGCCAAGACGUACGGUGUGCCCGUUGUUGUGGCCAUCAACAAGUUUUCGACGGACACGGACGCCGAGAUUGCCGUAAUUCGCGAGGAGGCCAUUGCCGCGGGUGCCGAGGACGCCAUCCUGGCCAACCACUGGGCCGAGGGUGGCAAAGGCGCUGUCGACCUGGCCAACGCCGUCGUUGCCGCCAGCGAGAAGCCCAAGGACUUCCAUCUUCUGUACAGCCUCGAGGGCAGCGUGCAGGAGCGUAUUGAGAAGAUUGCGCGCGACAUGUACGGCGCGGCGGCUGUCGAGUUCAGCGAGCUGGCACAGAAGAAGGUGGACACGUACACCCGCCAAGGAUUUGGCAACCUGCCCAUCUGCGUGGCCAAGACGCAGUACUCGCUGUCGCACGACCCAGACCUGAAGGGUGCACCCACAGGAUUCACCGUGCCCAUCCGGGACGUGCGCAUGGCGGCUGGUGCAGGAUACUUGUACGCUCUUGCUGCUGAUAUUCAGACCAUCCCGGGUCUGCCCACCGCGCCGGGAUAUCUCAACGUCGAUAUCGAUGUCGAGACGGGCGAGAUCGACGGUCUCUUCUAA